UUUGAUUAUCUCAAUGUCGAGAAGGACUGCGCACUAGUGAACAAACCGGAAGUAGGGAAUUCAAGAUGGCGGACUGUUGUAUCUAGAUUGAGUCUUCGUUCUUGUCAUCGCUUUCUUGCUUGUUCUAGUCAAAAUGAACGUGGUUUUAGCCGUCAAGCAAUAUGUAUCGAAGAUGAUAGAGGACGCUGGUCCUGGUAUGAAAGUUUUGUUGAUGGACAAGGAGACUACUGGCAUUGUGAGUAUGGUAUAUUCCCAAAGCGAGGUUCUACAAAAAGAAGUUUACUURUUUGAGAAGAUUGAUGCACAGGGAAGAGAAACGAUGAAACAUCUGAAAGCAAUCUGUUUCUUGCGUCCUACCAGGGAUAACAUAGAUCAUUUAUGCAGUGAGCUGAAAUCCCCUAAAUAUGGAGUAUACUACAUCAGGUUCUCUCCUGUUAGCUAAUAAAGUGUGACUUUCUUACAGCAAAAGAUCAAUGAAGAAGCGAAGUUGUUUGACUUUAGACGGUCUGAUGUACCACCUUUAUUGCUGAUACUGGACAGACGAGAUGACCCCGUUACUCCUCUCCUGAACCAGUGGACCUACCAAGCAAUGGUACAUGAAYUAUUAACUAUCAAAAAYAACAGAGUGGAUUUGUCRAAGUGCCCUGGAGUUACCCGAGAGCUGCAGGAAGUUGUGAUGUCUGCUGAACAUGAUGAAUUUUACCAAAAGAACAUCUACCUCAACUUUGGUGAAAUUGGACAAAAUAUCAAAACAUUAAUGGAUGACUUUCAACAUCACGUCAAAUCAAACCAGAAGCUGGAAUCAAUCUCAGAUAUGAAGGCAUUUGUAGAGAAUUAUCCACAGUUCAAGAAAAUGUCUGGAACCGUAUCCAAACACGUGACCAUGGUGAGCGAGCUGUCAAGACUGGUCAGCGAACGGUCGUUACUUGAUGUAUCAGAAGUCGAGCAAGAACUUUCUUGCCAAAAUGACCAUACUUCUGCAUUGCAGAAUAUUCGUCGCGUUAUGGCCAACGAGAAUGUUACAGACAUCGAUCUGCUACGCCUCGUGUUGCUGUACGCUCUACGUUACGAACGACAUAAUAAUAACGAUGUGUCAGGUCUUGUCAGCAUGUUGACUAGGAAGGGAUUGUCGGAGAACUAUAAACGAUUGGUCCCGGCUAUUAUCCAGUAUGCYGGACGUAACGUAAGAGGGAGCGAUAUCUUUGGACAGAAUAAAACUCCUUUGUCACUGACAAGACGAAUCUUGAAAGGAUUAAAGGGAGUUGAGAACAUUUACACACAGCAUACRCCGUUGGUGUCCGAAAUCCUCGACAAUUUGUUUAAAGGAAAGCUAAAGGAAACUCAGUAUCCCUAYAUUGGACCCUCGCAGCUCAGGGACAGACCUCAGGAUGUGAUCGUGUUYAUGAUUGGUGGAGUGACGUACGAAGAAGCUCUGGCYGUGURCAAUAUUAACAAAUCCUUGCCUGGAGUCAAAGUUAUUCUUGGUGGAACAACAAUUCAUAACUGCAGAUCAUUUCUCGAGGAAGUUGUACAUGGUACCGGCCAUGCAGCGGCAGCUCGUGCAAGRCCACCAAGUGGUCCUUAUAGAUCAUCAGUAUCCUCAUCRUUUUUCUAAAACUCURCUUAAUAAUUUUAUUAUGCUUAGKAAGGGCGCUUAGGUUAAUGGGUCKUCAUCGGAAWUUCGUCUUGUGUAUGGUUGCWGUAUAAGUAGUGUAGCGCAUGCGUUUUGAAUGACUAUUGUUUUAUGAAAUGUAUAUAUUAUAUAUAAUUGUAAUGACGAUUGAAAAUUAAUCAAUAGAUUAUUAGUUAAUUGAUAAUCAUUAAAGUAUCAAAUGACUAGUC